UAAUUAACAAAGAAAAGAAAAGAAAAGAAUAUAUAUAUAUAUAUAUAUAUGAUGAAGUUUGUAAUAGCAUUAUCUUUGGUAGCAUUGCUAGUAGUAGUGCAUAAUGCACAAGCUCUUGACGUUGCAAAACUAAGGCUGUUUGCGGCCAAGAACAACGUGUCAUGCAUUUUCGUGUUUGGUGAUUCUAGCGUUGACCCCGGUAACAACAAUAACCUCAUAACAGACCAAAAGGGUAACUUCUUACCCUAUGGUAAAGACUUCUAUAAUGGUCGUCCUACCGGACGGUUUACUAACGGAAGACUUGCCACAGAUCUCAUCGCGGAUGCAUUGGGUCACACGAAAACCAUACCUGCAUAUCUUGAUCCAAAUUUGACCAACGCACAACUUGUUAAUGGCGUUAGUUUUGCGUCUGGUGGUUCUGGUUUUGAUGAUCUCACCGCACAACUCUCGAAUGUGAUACCACUGUCAAAACAAUUGGAGUAUUUUCGGGAAUACAAGGCAAGACUAGCAAAGCUGGUGGGGAAGAAGAGAGCUGAAAACUUGAUCACAAAUGGUGUGUUUUUAUUGAGCAUGGGUACCAAUGAUUUCCUACAGAAUUAUUACGUGGAGCCUACCCGUUCUAAACAAUUCACCAUUGACAAGUAUCAACAUUUCUUGAUUUCUUCCAUGUCCAAAUACAUUCAGGGAAUGCAUGCGGAAGGUGCAAGGCGAUUGGCAGUGGUGGGGAUGGAGCCCUUCGGUUGCACUCCACUUAUUAGAGCGCUUAAGGGCACAACCGAGUGUGACGAUAGCUUCAACAAGGUGGCUCUUAACUUUAACCAGAAGAUUAUAUCCCUCAUGGCUACCCUUGAACCAUCUUUGGGGAUCAGAAACUUUUACACCGACAUUUACGGUCUUGUAUGGGAUACAGUCCACAACCCGAAAAAAUAUGGUUUUGUGGAAUCAUCAAAGGGUUGUUGUGGAUCGGGAUUAGAGUUUGGGAUGAGUUGUAAAGGGUUGCCAACUUGUGCCAAUAGAAGCCAAUACGUUUAUUGGGAUGCCGUUCACUUUACCGAAGAAAUGUACAAAAUUAUUUCCGAAGCAGCUAUUCAAACUCUAAUGAAGACUUUUGGCUGAUCGAUGAUUAAAAAUGAUCCAUCUCUCUAGCUAGCUCUGGAUACGCAUAUCUAGCUUUUGCUAUCUAUAUGGUAUUAUUAAUUAUUAAAUAUGUAAUGGGGAUAUGUUUUAAUAGAUUAUGAUAUCGAUCGAAUUGUGUAUUAAGUGUGUUUUUAUGUGAAAUAAUAAUAUAAUAAGUAUUAAUUUAGGAUAACA